CUGAGGUUACAGCCUCACAGAAAGCCCAUAAGUCUCAGCAUCGUUAUCCUUAUCCACUAUAAAGCUGCUACAUUUUCGUAAGGGAAAAUGGAGGUCAUUUCUUCGUCCUCAACUUUAAAUCCCGACGCUCCAAUGUUCGUACCACUCGCCUAUCGGACGGUCGAGGACUUCUCUGACCAAUGGUGGGCCCUUGUCCAAAACUCGCCGUGGUUCCGUGACUACUGGCUCCAAGAACGCUACUUUGAUCCCCAAAUCGACCCUCUCUUCUCCGAUUUUGACGAUUUUGUUCUCCCCGACGACGACGAUCUCUUUGACGACGGCGACUGCGGUCACCAACAGGCGGAGGAGAUGGAGUCUGGGAAGGAGUUGGUUUCGAUUGGGACGUUGAAAUGGAAAAAGGGUCGAGCUUUGAAUGAGAAGCCGAGGUAUGCUGAGAAGGCUCCGAAGAUCGUGAACGUGAAGGUGAGUCCGAGGCCGAUUCAACAGCCUAGGUAGAGUGACUCGGCGGACGGCUGAGUUGAGACGGGUUGGUAGAGCAAUCCGUCCUACUUUUUCAACGGUUGUUGUUUUGUAUAUAAGAGUCAGUCGGAGACUUGGAUUUUAACUUUGAGUUGUACUUAGCGUAGAGCGGAAGUGAUUGUAAAUUCUGUAAUAAUAGCUUUCACUUGGCGUAAUAAAAUGUAAUUUGAUGGAUUAAAUGAGAAAAUUUCAGUGUGAA